AUGUUUCCCUUAACACCGCCCGUGGUAAAGCGCUUAUUAGGGUGGAAAAAAGGUCCUGAAGGAACUUCAGCCGCCGAGGACAAAUGGUCAGAAAAGGCCGUGAAGAGUUUAGUAAAGAAAUUGAAGAAAACUGGAGCUAUCGAGGAGCUUGAGAAGGCGUUGUCGAAUCAAAGCGGUCAUACCAAAUGUGUUACAAUACCAAGGUAA